GACCACUGGUGUCUCCGCAUUCACUCCCAAACAAUCUGGACAGCAACAAGGCCGUGGAAAGGAGACCAUCCAAAGUAGGGGUCAGUAGAGAAAGCAGCAGUGUGGACUUCAGCAAGGUGGACAUGAAUUUUAUGAGGAAGAUUCCUCCAGGAGCUGAAGCGUCUAACGUGCUUGUGGGAGAAGUGGACUUUUUGGAGAAGCCCAUAAUUGUGUUUGUGCGAUUGUCUCCGGCAGUCCUUAUCACAGGCCUCACUGAGGUGCCUGUUCCCACAAGGUUUCUUUUCCUCCUUUUGGGCCCUCAUGGUAAAGGAGCACAGUACCAUGAAAUUGGCAGAUCCAUGGCAACACUAAUGACAGAUGAGAUUUUUCAUGAUGUUGCUUACAAAGCCAAAGACCGAACAGAUCUACUAUCUGGGAUAGACGAGUUCCUUGACCAGGUGACUGUCCUGCCCCCUGGAGAAUGGGACCCCACGAUCCGAAUUGAGCCUCCAAAAAAUGUCCCGUCUCAGUCGAAGAGAAAGAGACCAUCUCAGCCUAAUGGCACCGCAGCUUCAGCUGGAGAGCAGGAAAAAGAGGAUGACCACCAUGCCGGCCCUGAGCUUCAAAGGACUGGGAG